GAUAGAUAGAAUCUGAUUAGGUUGCUAGAGUCUCAUCAUUCGGUAGUAGGAGAUUGGCUAUACGAGAGUUAGCCAGUUUACUACUUUGUACUGGAAUCCAAUUCUAGUAGUGGAGUUCUGUUCUUACUGCUUCAGCUUUCUAUCCCGGUGAAGACUAAUCGUCUGCCGGGUAGUUAGACUGAGAGGGCUUGGUCAGCUUAAGAGAUUCCAAGCUACUGUCGGAUCUUCCGCAGUCUAAUCAACAGUAAACCAACCCAGAGAAAUACAAUUGAAACCUAACUAAGGAGCUAGUGGGACUCAUUCCCGAGUGACUCUUUCCUGCUUGGAAAAUAAUUUCCUGCUUUCUUGUUGCUUUUAGUUUAAACACAAAUCACUCGACUUAGUUGGUUAGAUAAUAAAUAAUCACGGAGUAAGCAGUAGAUCUAGACCCCGGGUUGAUAAUAGAACUUCCCUGUUACUGCAUUCCCGGACUGCGAUUACACUUGGUCGUAGUUUGGUGUUGUGUUUCAGAGCAUCAAGUUUUUGGCGCCGUUGCCGGGGAACCCUCUAGGUUAUUGGGGAAACGUGAGAAUUUGUUACUCUAGCUUUUUAUUUACUGCAUUUUAUCUCUUCCACCUGUGUGCCUUCACGGGUUGCUUCUGCUGAUUGUGUGCAGGUAGUGCAUGACCCGUAGCCAGUCGGGAGAUCUACUACCACUAGACCAGGAGCUGGAACGAACCUGCAGAAACUUCAAGCGGGCUCUAAAGGCGCGACUGGCUGCCGAGGAGGCGCUAGCACAGCUACAGAUCACUGAAGAAGAGGAGAUGGCUGAUCCACAGGGCCAUGCUGUGGUCGAUCCCGAGGAGCAUACCUUGGGACAUUACUGGACCGCCAGGGCUGCAGACAUGAGGUCACCUAUUCAACACCCUCAUGUCCCAGCCAAUAAUUUUGAGGUGAGCACCUCAGUAAUCACCAUGCUGCGCGGUUCGGUGAUGUUCCGUGGCAAAGAGGGGGAGUGCCAUCGAUCACAUCUCAGGCGAUUCCAUGAGCUCAUUGAUGGAAUCAAGAUCAAUGGGGUCCCAGCGGAUGCCAUCCAGCUGAGAUACUUCCCAUUCACCCUGGAGGGGCAAGCCAAGGAGUGGCUAGAUACUCGACCUCCGGGCUCCAUCACCACGUUCGCCAACCUGGCGGACAAGUUCCUUACCCGCUACCAUCCUCCGUCGAAGACGGCGAACUUACAGAAGCAGAUCACCCACUUCACCCAGGAUGAAGAUGAGACCAUCCGGGAUGCUUGGGAGAGAUACAACAGUCUCUUCCUGAGGUGUCCCAAUCAUGGUUUCAACGACGCUUUCAAGGUGGGAACCUUCUAUCACGCCCUCUUCCCGGAGGACAAGCAGCUGAUUGAUUCGGUUUGUGGCGGGAACAUGCUGACCAAAACACCGCCACAGCUUAAUCAACUCUUUGAGGAGAUGGCGGAGAACGGGUACGAUUGGGACACUGCCAGGAGAUUGAGACGAGCACCAGGACGAGGUGUGCAUGCUGUGGGCACCCAGUCAUCUGAUUUGGUACAGGUGGUAUCGAAGCUGGUCUCAGCUAUCGAUCGUUCUGAUUUGAUUGAAGGUACAGGACAGCCGCAGGCGAUGCUCUGCCAGUGGUGCGAGAGCACCCAUCAUACAGUGGAAGACUGCCAGGUGAUGAAGGAAUCGACCACCCCCCAGGAGCAGGUUAACUUCAUCAACAAUGUCAGGCGCAAUGACCCCUACAGUAACACCUACAAUGAGGGGUGGCUCCAGCAUCCCAACUUCUCCUGGGGUGGGGAAAAUCCCAGACCACCAGUACCCCAAGGACCACCGGGCUUCCAGAGGCCACCAUAUCAGCCCAGACAGGGGCAAUUCCAGCAGCAGCAGUCUCUCUACCAGCCCAUGCAGGGGCAUGCUGCUCCAUCACAGCUGCGACCUUUCCAGCAGCCAGGUGCAGCCCCUGCCGCCCCAGCGCAGAAUGAUCAGAUGGCUGAACUGCGGGAAUUGGUGGGUUCUCUCGCCAGUUCUAGUGCUCAAAAAUUUAACACUAUCGAGCAGUUCAUGGAAAAGGCAUCGGGUAAAUUCCUGGCUCUAGAAGCUGGCCAGAGGAACACACAGGCUGUCUUGCAGGAUAUCCAAACCCAGCUGGGGAGUGUGGCUCAAGCAGUGGCACAAAGGGCUCCUGGUACUCUACCCGGUCAGACCAUCCCUCAUCCUCAGAACCCGAAUGAGCACUGCAAUGCCAUCAUGACCAGGAGUGGCAAGAUGACUGUUGACCCACCUGUUCGGGCUCAAGAGAGAGAGGCCCCUGCCUUGGCAUCUUCAGCAGCUGAAGAAGAAGCAGAGAAGGAGGUUGAGGUGCCUGCACCUAAUCCGCAACCAGUAGUGAAGGAGUAUAUCCCUAAACUCCCCUUCCCUACUCGGUUGCACAAAGACAGGCUGGAGGCAGAGUUCGAGAACUUCUUGGCCAUGCUUAGGAAGCUGAAUGUCCAAGUACCUUUCCUGGAGGUACUAUCUCAAAUGCCUAAGUAUGCGAAGUUCCUGAAGGAUCUUCUCUCAAAGAAGCAGAAGCUGAGCGAGCUGGCCACUGUGGAGCUCAGCGAGGAGUGCUCGGCCAUUCUGCAGAACAAGCUUCCGCAGAAGCAGAAGGACCCAGGUAGUUUUACUAUCCCGUGCUCUAUAGAAAAUUUGCAUGUAGAGAGGUCCUUGGCGGAUUUAGGUGCUAGUAUAAAUGUUAUGCCAUAUAAAAUGUUUAAGAAACUAGGCCUAGGUGAACCCCGUGCUACUAGGAUGAGCCUUCAAUUAGCUGACCGAUCUGUAGUGCAUCCUAGGGGCAUAGUGGAAGACCUUCUGGUUAAGGUUGGCAAAUUCAAUUAUCCUGUUGAUUUUGUGAUUUUGGACAUAAAUGAGGAUGUGGAUGUGCCAUUGAUACUGGGAAGGCCUUUCUUGGCCACCGCCAAGGCCCUCAUAGAUGUGCAUGAUGGGACCUUAGUUUUGAGGGAUGGUGAGGAGCGAAUAGAGUUUUCAAUUUCUAAUACUCAUCCUGCUUCGUCACCUCUGCAUGCUGUAUCUCACCAGGAGCACGAGUCUGUCGUGUAUCCUUCUGUGUUGCCUAUUUUGCAGGAUCCGCCUCCCAUAUCUUCGCCGCCACUCCCGUCCACUCCGUCAUCGAAGGAACAAAUCAGGGAGGAGUGGCGGCCGAAACAGCAGGCAGCUAAGCCUGCUCGAAAGAAAGCCGGAGACCACUAUGAGCUAGUCCCGCCCCCACCUUGGCCAUCCGAGUAUUCACUCGCUUGCAUCCUGCCGGAUGGCCAAGUUGAGUUGGCAAAUGCUGGUGGCCACAUUCGGCGUGUGCAUGGCCAUCAUUUGAAGCUGUACCUCAAGAGCGAGGUGGAUCCGCUCUUGAAGGCACCUGCUCUUUCACCUCACCGAGAUUCCAUCUACUGGCGUCCAGCUAAAAGACGGUAAAGAAGCGCUUGUGGGGAGGCAACCCCACCGAGGUUUGCAUUUUCUUACAUUUUUCCUUUUGUUUUUUUUUUUUGUGUUUUUGAGUCUUGAGAUGUUGUUCCAGAGUCGAAUGUCGUUUUUGGAUGAAAACAUGUUGAAUUCGGGGCUCCAGCAGCUCACACGGCCAGGCCAUAUUCUCGCACGGCCGUGUGGAUUUUAUCCCCUGGCCGUGUGAGCUCUCGACAAAUUCCACACAGCCAAAAGUGCAAUUCGCACGGCCGUGUGGUGUGGCCUGGCCUGGCCGUGUGGCCGACACGGGAAACUCGUUGAUCGCACGACCGUGUGAAAUUUUUCCAUCGGCCGUGUGAGCCCUCGACAAAUUCCACACGGCCAAAAGUGCAAUUCGCACGGCCGUGCGGAUUUCCUCGACCUGGCCGUGUCGGCCAACACGGGCAAACUUGCACCUCGC